AUGAUUUCUUUUGUUUUCUUUUUGGUGUUGGAAGUGUUAAUUUUUACCGCCGUUCUUUGUACCAAUGUCUUCCUCAAGUUCUCCUCCUACUAUGACGUUCCCUCCUCCUCUCUUACAAAAAGAAAUAUGUUCUAUCGUCUUCACUAUCUAGCGAACGUUUUUCCUUACGCUUUACCGCUUACCUUCCCACGAUACCAACUUGAUGCUUUCUUUUUCUUCUUACAGGAAAACAGUCUCUUCCCCCCACCCGGCUUUGAUUACUUUGCCUUUUACAUUUAUCAUCGUUUUUCGCUUCUCUUUCUCCCAUCAAUCAAUUUAGGUCCCCAUUUUUCAGUUUAUCUUUCUCUUCCAAUCUAUUUUCUCCUCCUUUUUUAUCUAUUUACUUUUUUUCUAUCUAUUUUCACCUUUUUCCAUUCUGUUUUCUCCUUUCUAUCUAUAUUCGUCUUUCUUUCUAUUUUCUUCUUUCUUUCUUUCCCUCUAUCUAUUUUCUCCUUUCUUUCUUUCCCUCUAUCUAUUUUCUCAUUUCUUUCUUUCCCCCUAUUUUCUCCUUUCUUUCCCUCUAUCUAUUUUCUCCUUUCUUUCUUUCACUCUAUCUAUUUUCUCCUUUCUUUCUUUCACUAUUUUCUCCUUUCUUUCUUUCACUAUUUUCUCCCUUCUUUCUUUCACUAUUUUCUCCUUUCUUUCUUUCACUAUUUUCUCCCUUCUUUCUUUCACUAUUUUCUCCCUUCUUUCUUUCACUAUUUUCUCCCUUCUUUCUUUCUUUUCUCUUUUCUCCUUUUUCUUUCUUUCUUUCUUUCUUUCUUUUCUCCCUUCUUUCUUUCUUUUCUUUUUUUUCUUCUUUUUUCCCUUUCUUUUUUCUUUCUUUUUUUUUCUUUCCCUCUUCUUCUCCUUUUCUUUCUUUCUUUCCUUUCUUCCUUCCUUUCUUUCUUUUCUUUCCCUCUUUCUUUUUCUUUCUUUCUUUUCUUUUUUUCUCCUUUCUUUUCUUUCUUUCUUUUUUCUUUUCCUUUCUUUCUUUCUUUCCUUUCUUUCCUUUCUUUCUUUCUUUCUUUCCCUUAUCUUUCUCCUUUCUUUCUUUUUCUUUCUUUUUCUUUCUUUCUUUCUUUCCUUCUAUUUUCUCCUUUCUUUUUUCUUUCUUUUUUCUUUCUUUUUUCUUUCUUUCCCUUUUUCUUCUCCUUUCUUUCUUUCUUUCCUCUUUCUUUCCUUUUUUUCUUUCUUUCCUUUCUUCUUCUCCUUUCUUUCUUUCUUUCCCUUUAUCUUCUUUUCUUUUUUUUUUUUCCCUCUUUCUUCUCCUUUCUUUCUUUCUUUCCUUUCUUCUUUCUUUCUUUUCCUCCUUUCUUUCUUUCUUUUUCUUUCCUUCUUUCUUUCCUUUCUUUUCUUUCUUUCUUUCCCUUUCUCUUCUUUUCUUUCCCUCUUUCUUCUUUUUCUUUCUUUUCCCUCUUUCUUCUCCUUUUUUUUCUUUUAGUUUCUUCUUCUCUUUCUUUUCUUUCUUUCUUUCUUCUCCUUUCUUUCUUUCCCUCUAUCUUUCCUUUCUUUCUUUUCUUUCUUCUUUCUUUUCUUUCUUUCCCUCUAUCUUCUCCUUUCUUUCUUUCUUUCUUUCCCUCUAUCUUCUCCUUUCUUUCUUUCUUUCUUUCCCUCUAUCUUCUCCUUUCUUUCUUUCUUUCCCUCUAUCUUCUCCUUUCUUUCUUUCCCUCUAUCUUCUCCUUUCUUUCUUUCCUUCCCUCUAUCUUCUCCUUUCUUUCUUUCCCUCUAUCUUCUCCUUUCUUUCUUUCCUUUAUCUUCUUUCCUUUCUUUCUUUCCCUCUUUCUUCUCCUUUCUUUCUUUCUUUUUCCUUUCUUUUUCUUUUCUUUCUUUCCUUUCUUCUUUUUUCUUUCUUUCCCUCUUUUUCUUUCUUUCUUUCUUUCCUCUAUCUUCUUUCUUUCUUUCUUUCUUUCCUUCUUUCUUCUCCUUUCUUUCUUUUUUUUCUUUUCUUCUCCUUUCUUUCUUUCUUUCCUUUAUCUUCUCCUUUCUUUCUUUCCCUCUCUCUUCUCCUUUCUUUCUUUCACUCUGUCUUCUCCUUUCUUUCUAUCUUCUCUUUUCUUUCUAUCUUCUCCUUUCUCUCUAUCUAUUUUCAACUUUUUCCUAUCUCUCUCUAGUUUCUCCUUUCUUUCUAUCUAUUUUCGCCUUUCAUUCAUUCUCUCUAUUUUCUUCUUUUAUUCCCUCUACGCAUUUUCCCCUUUCUUUCUUUCUUUCUCUAAUUCUACUGUGCCUCCACGUUCUCUGCAACGAUCGAUCUGGAGACCAUCUAAUGAAAACCGAUCCUGUCUCGUUCACCCUUGCCAGCCUGCCCGAAUCGGAAGGAACUUUAUAUAUCUGGCAUGUGGUGUGCGCAGUUCUAUCUGGGAGGUGCGGGGAGUAAAACCGCCGUCGUAG